UAUUUAGGGUUAGGGUUACAAUGGGCUCCAAGCGUAGCAGAGCUCCGGGCAGGGAAUGAGCGGCAUCGGCGUCUUGUCUCGCCUUCGCCACUCCAAGCUCGGGAGCGCGAUUGGAUUGGCGGAUAGAGCGCGAGCAUUCUCUUCCGGGAGGAAGGAAUGGAAAUGGGAAUCGCGCGCUGCCUUCUGCCAGACGCAUGGACCGAGAAUGGAUCCGGCAGCACCGUCGACUUCAUCGUCUCAACCAUCCGACGCGAUGCCUGACGAGCUUCUAGCGGCAGGAGCUCUUACUCCUGCGAAAGUGGUGGAGGUUUUGGAUCGAUACAUAGUCGGGCAAACGGCAGCAAAACGGGCAGUCGCUGUGGCAUUUCGAAAUAGAUGGCGCCGGCAUCGCAUCCCAGUUGAGUUGAGAGAUGAAAUUGUGCCCAAGAAUAUCCUUAUGAUUGGUCCAACAGGCUGUGGCAAGACAGAAAUUGCUCGAAGGCUUGCGAAGAUCUCUUACGCUCCAUUUGUGAAGGUUGAAGCCACAAAGUUUACUGAAGUUGGAUUUCAUGGGCGAGAUGUAGAUCAAAUUAUCAGAGAUUUGGUCGAUAAUGCAAUUGUCCUGCAGCGGCAAAGGAUCCGCACCAAGAUUUCUAAAGAGGUGGAGAAGAGCGUUGAGGAUCGAAUUCUGGAUGUUUUGGUUGGAGUUCAGCAGGAGGAGAUUAGUGAGAAAAGCUUAACGUCCAUGGACAUGUUCAGGAAACUGUACAGGGAAGGAGCAAUCGACAACCGGAAAAUUCAGCUGGAUGUGCCGGAAGGACGAGUUCGUCUUCCUGUUGAUGUGAUGGGAAACGGCUUGCCUGUUAACGAUCUGAUUUACAAGGUGUUGAAGUCCCCCAAAGUGGAGCGACGUGAAAUCACGGUUGGGGAAGCAAGGCCGCUCUUGACAGAAAUCGAAAUGGAAAAGUACUUACAAUCGGACCAAAUUGUGAAGGAUGCAAUCCAGCUUACGGAGUCAGAUGGUAUUGUUUUCAUUGACGAAAUUGACAAAAUAGUCACCACGAGCGAGACAAGGCGCGGUGCUGAUGCAAGUGCCGAGGGCGUCCAAAGGGAUUUGCUACCAAUCAUUGAAGGAAGUGUUGUGAACACGAAGUACGGCAAUGUGAAUACGGAUCAUAUCCUGUUUAUUUGCAGCGGUGCGUUUCACUCCUGUAAACCAAGUGACAUGCUUGCGGAAUUGCAAGGAAGGCUGCCUAUUCGUGUUGAACUGAAGGCCCUUCAACGCGAGGACUUGUAUCGAAUUUUAACAGAACCAGAGAUAAACAUGCUGAAGCAACAACAAUUGCUACUUAAAACCGAAGGCGUUGAGCUGAUAUUUACCGAGGAUGCGGUCAGAGAACUUGCAAAUGUUGCUGCAGAGGUGAACAGAUCUCUGGAUAACAUAGGCGCGAGGAGAUUGCACACGGUGAUUGAGAGAGUUGUGGAGGACAUUAGUUUCAGUGCACCAGAGAGGGCGGGAGAGAAACUGAUAAUUGACAAGGAGAAAGUGAGGAAGUCCGUUGGGGACCUUCUCAACAAGAUGGAUCUUUCAAAAUUUGUCUUGUAGAGCGGGCAAUUCAAUUCAUUCGGUUGGACACAGGAUUUCCAGGAAAUAUCUAAAGUUGGAUUAGUAGGGGAUGGAACGCCUUGAAGCAGUGCAUAUAAGAACUUGGGAUUAGUAGGUGGAGCAAGUUGAUGGCACGUUUUGAAGCAGUGGAGUAG